AUGGUUUACUCUGUUGAACACGACACCUUCAUUGUUAUGUCUUAUUAUUGCAAUGGAACAUUCGCAAACGGAAAGUGGGGUAUCCAGGGCGAAGGGGCUAUUUUUGGAGGUAGAGCCCUUAUUUUGGCCAGUUGUGGCAUUUGGGAACGAGGAAGUGUGUCCUGUGUUUUUGUGACCCCGAAAAUCCACUUUAAGGCCGCACACCAUCAGAGGCCUUUUUUACUAUUAACGUGGAUUGUAGAUGGCUCUGACGUUGUUUACGUUGCCACCUGCUACUACGGACGCUUAGCCGCCAUUAGGUUAUCAUCAGUUAUAAUGGAUGAAAACACUGAAAAUCUUCCUGGCACACCUCCCGAAGUGGCAGAAGCAGCUGGUGCUGUUAACCUGUUACCAGAGAAAUCUCAAAAAUUGUACAAAAUAGCGUACAAUCAAUUCAUGAAGUGGAAACAAGAAAAGAAGAUUACCUCAUUUUCCGAACGGGUGAUAUUAGCAUACUUUGCAGACUUAUCAAGUAAAUACAAAAUUUCUACGCUGUGGACUUAUUACUCCAUGCUACGAAGUACUCUCAACAUCAAUCAUAACAUUAAUAUAGAACAGUACCAUAAAUUAAGAGCAUUCUUAAAGCGUCAAGGAGAAAAUUACCAGCCAAAGAAAGCGAAAACGGUUAGUCCUCAACAAAUAACUAAAUUCAUCACUGAAGCCCCUGAUGUAAAAUAUCUAGCAACGAAGGUGGCUUUGAUAAUGGGCAUAAUGGGUGCAUGUAGGACUCAAGAACUGCAUUCAAUGCGAAUUCAAGACAUCAAAGAUUUGAAUUCAGCUUUUUUGGUAACACUGCCCAACACUAAAACAAAGAUUAGAAGAUCUUUCACAGUAACUGAAGAUUACUAUUUAAUAUGCAAAAAGUAUCUUGAUUUACGUCCAGCUGAAGUGCAAUCAGAUGUGUUUUUCCUUAAUUACCAGAAUGGUAAAUGUACUAUGCAGAGAAUAGGUAUCAAUAAAUUUGGUGGUAUGCCGAAAGAAGUUGCAGCAUAUUUGGGGCUCCCAAAUCCAGAAUUAUUUACUGGACACUCUUUUCGUAGAUCCUCGGCUACUUUAUUGGUGGAUGGUGGAGGGGACAUAACCGAUUUAAAACGCCACGGAGGAUGGAAAAGCUCCUCCGUGGCAGAGGGCUACAUAGAUAACAGUGUGAAAUACAAACUAGAAACAUCAAAGAAAAUUUUUAAACAGGUGAAUCCCUCGUCAACACCAUGUACAUCAAUUCGAGCUCCUGUAAUGGCAGAAAACUGUGAAAACAUAGAGGAGUAUGCUGCUGUAAACUGCGAUAAUGUUGUGAUGAAUCCAUCUCCCCCAUGUACAUCAAGUGAAACUAAUUGUGGUUUAAGAGAAACUAGUAAUUUUGUUAAAAAUUCCCAUUCCCUCAGUAGUAAUGUCAGUGUUGACAUGAAAGGCAAGCCAAUACAGAUUUCAAACUGCAGUGGCCAUUUUACAUUUAAUUUUCUUGCUAAGACAAGUAAUAAUAAUAAUUAAUUAC